UGCAGCCCGGCCUCAUUGAUGAGCCCCUGCUGGGGCCAUGGGGCAGGCUGAGAGCAGAGAAGACGACGAAGAUGACCCCGAUAAAUGCGGUUCGAGAAGGGCAUCGGAUAAUCUGACUGACAGCGAAGUAGCAUGUGAAGAAGCAGCCCGUCUCACGGUAGAACAACAAGAAGACGAAGACGAUGAGGACUACUGCGACUACCACGACCUGCCGCCCCCGCCAGACGGUGGCUACGGCUGGGUCGUGGUGUUCGCCUCCUUCAUGUGUAACAUGAUAGUGGACGGUAUAGCCUACACAUUCGGGGUGUUCCUUUCCGAUAUAGUCGAUUCCUACGGGGAAACGAAAGGCAAGACCGCGUGGGUGGGUUCCCUGCUCUCAGGAAUGUAUCUUAGUGCUGGUCCUCUAGUGAGUGCCCUUACGAAUAAAUUCGGAUGUCGUGCUGUGUGUGUGGCGGGUAGUAUUAUUUCCACUGUGGCUUUUGUGCUGUCGAUCUUCAGUCCCACGGUGAACUGGCUGAUGUUGACUUACGGUUUCAUCGGUGGUUUCGGUUUCGGUUUGAUCUACCUACCGGCGGUGGUGUGUGUGGGUUACUACUUCGAAACCAAAAGAUCUCUGGCGACUGGGAUCGCUGUUUGCGGGUCGGGGGUUGGUACCUGUGUUUUUGCGCCGCUAGCUACGGUCUUGUUGGAGUCUUACGGAUGGAGAGGAGCCAACUUGAUUUUGGCCGGUUUCAUUUUUAACUGUGUUAUAUUUGGCGCUCUCAUGCGUCCACUGGAAUACCCUAAAGAAACUGGGGAAACUCCAUUGUUGCAGAGGAUGGCAGAGGAACGUCGAAUACAGAUGGAGAGGGGUAGCAUAGGCGGCUCGUACUUUAUGGUGCAACUUCCUGAUGGCACUAUGGAGAGGAGGCAGAAGCAACCGUUAAACAUUGAUCCAGGCGUCCAUUCCAGCUUAAACUUGGAUCAGCUUGCUCCGGGCACACCAAUAACUCCGAUUCCAACAGUGCCAACCCUGCCAACCAUCACCGAAGUUAAAAUUACUGAACAAAGCGGUAGUUCGGGAACACCUAGUCCAAGAGAUAGCACUCAAGAAAUCAGAGUAAAGAAUCCCCGUCUGGAAACUAUACAGCAAGAAGGACGCAUCCGUAGAGAUUCCGACCAUACGGCUGAACUGAACAGCCAGAAUGCGAAAAUAAUUAUGCCAAGAAAUGCUAGUCAGCCGGCCUUCAGUACACACGUGCAAGGCCUGCCUAAAAAUGGUUCCGUACCAACAUUUGAUAGAAUAAGAAAAACGUCCUUUGGCGAAAGAUUUAGGCCGACGCUGGGUCCUAUCAAGUCUUCUUCGCGAGGCAAUGUUACCAACUCUAAUGGAGAUAUGAGACGAAGGAGGAACGAUUCCACUGGAUCCUUCAUGACGAGAAACAAUAAUAGCGAUGUCGAUGUCGAGAGUUUAGCAUAUACAUCCAAAUUGUCAAUUUCAAGUAAGAAGGAAAAAUACAUGGUUAGACCUCUGUCCAGAAAAGACAUCUUCUAUUCAGGAUCUAUAGUUAAUCUUCCAGAAUAUCACAAGUCGCAGAAGUCGCUAACAAAUUAUAGGCAGAGUAUUUUAAGUAUACCUCAAAUGCGAACACUAGAAGAUGAAGGAUCUCCUGGUGAUAUAUGUCCAUGCCUGGUCCUUCCAGAAAGCUUUACAUCAGCCCUUGGCCAAAUGAUGGAUAUGUCUUUAUUAAAAGAUCCUGCAUUCAUGCUCAUAGGGAUUUCCAAUUUGUUCGGAAUGGCUGGUCUAUAUGUCCCAUUUGUAUACUUGGUUGACUGUGCAAAAAAUGAUGGUAUCCCAGCCGAAGAUGCAUCAUUUUUGCUGUCAAUAAUUGGUAUUACAAACACUAUUGGUCGAGUAGCCUGUGGAUAUUUUGCCGAUUUCCCUCAAGUAAAUGCAUUAUUGGUUAAUAAUAUUUGCCUUCUUAUAUCUACAGUUUCGGUAGCUUUGACACCAUUUUGUCACACAUAUGCUGCCUAUAUUACCAUGGCAAUAUUCUUUGGAAUAGCAAUUUCUGGUUAUAUCUCUUUAACUUCCAUUAUUCUGGUGGAUCUUUUGGGUCUCGAUAAGCUGACGAACGCAUUCGGCUUAUUAAUUCUUUUCCGUGGUGCCGCUGCCAUUGUUGGUUCGCCACUAGCAGGUGCCUUACUCGAUGCGACUGAAUCCUACAGUGUGUCAUUUUUUGUUGCUGGUGGAUUUUUCGCAAUCUCAGCAUUAACAAGCUUUAUAGCACCUUGCCUAAAACGUUUCUCGCCUGAGGAAGAACAGCCAAUCGGGGAUGGUGAUGUUCUGGCACCUAUUGACGAAGAUGAAGAAGAAGAUGAACCUAUAACAAUGGGGCAAGGAGGCGGAAGACACGUUCCAAAAAUAAUAGAAACUGCUUCCAGUCCUGGAGAGAAAGAAGAAAUUCAACAAAAAGAAUCUGUUUUAUAAAAGAAAGUUACGGGAUAAAAAAAUGUAAAUAAGUUUUCUGAACGACUGUUAAAUAGUUAUUAAUUUCUGGGAAAUCAGUUUUAUAUGAAGAAAUUCAUAAUGGUUCUUUUUUAUUUUUAAGAGUAAUUUUAACUUAAAAGCUGUGUUUAAAGUGACAGUAUUUGUGAAUUUUAGUCAAUGUAAGUCCGAAGUAGGCCAUGUAUGUUUAAACUCUAUUGUUAAUUAGUUAAUAUGUAUAUAAAUAACUUCGACAAUAUUAAUAGAAUCGCUACUGUUUGUCUUUAAGACGCUGCACAAAACAAAUCGUCCCACAAAUCCUAGUUAACCCUUCAACUGGAAUAUCGGUUAUUUUUUUUAUAUCUUAAGUAGCUAUUUUUUUAGCGAGCGAUGUGAGAAUGUUUCAGUUGUCAGGGGAGACGUUAUUUUUAAAUUUUUACCUUUUUUAGCUUGAGUUCAUGUCAUACCUGCUCAGGUGCAGUUGCAGUUGCAAUUUUUAAUAAAAAUAGCCUUAUCAUAGAUAUAGUACCUGUGCACCUCAAGUUAAUGUACUUUAUUCUUUAAAUCGUACACUUAAGUAAAAAUGUAAUGAUCUCAGUGCUGUUUUAUUUCACCUAAUAAAACUAAAAUUAGAA